AUGAGGACGAGAUCAAAGACAAAUGAAAAUAUGAGAGAUCGGGAGCGAUGGUCGACGCCGAAAAAUCGAGAAACAGACUUACAAGAGCGAAGAAGUCGGACAGUCAAGAGAAGAAGGAUCAUUCCGGUGAAGAGUGUCACGAGGGAUUCGUCUGAUGAGAAUUCGGAUACGAUUGGAGAAACGCUGGAGUCGACAAAUGAUCACAGGACUCAAUCAGUGAACCAGCAAGUGCACUUAUCGGAAGACGAAGACGAUGUUUCGUCGAUCAUGAAUUCAAGCGGCGACGACGAGACUCUUCCGAAGCCAGGAGUUGCGAACAACGAGACCUUCGACGUUCCAAGAGAAGAAGAAAAUUCCGAUGCGCGAUCCGACAAAGCUGUGAUUAUUAAAAAGCCGCGGAAUAGAACUGUUCGAGCGAAGAGAAGCGUCCCUGUGUAUGAUGUGAUGCGAGAUUCGUCGGCAGACUCGAUUCACGAUUAUUACCAACACUCGGACUCGUCGCAGGAGAACUUGAUAAAGAGCAAAGCGAGGAAAUUCCACGAAAAGUCAAAUAGGUCCUUCGAUAGACGAAACAACUCGUCAUCGAAAAAUCUCACCUUUGAUGACCUUUUCAACGAUCCGAUCGUUCCAAACUCGACUUUUCCAAGCGCCAAGAAGAAGCCCUUAUCAACAAAGAACGGAAUGAUCGAUUUGACCAAAUCGAAGAAACCGAGGAAAUCGGAACAGUGGUCGCCCGUGCCGCUCGCGCAAAUGCGAGGAUUGAGGAACGAAUCGCAGCAUUUCAGAUUGAGGAGAAAUCGGAAGAAUGUUUUUUCUGAAACAGCGCCUGUUGAGCCAACUCAAAAUCGAAAAAGCAUCGGCGACUCAACAAGAACAAUCGUCCGAGGCUGUGCAGAUUCGCAAUUCGCGAGUUCGCCAAAUUCAAAGACAAGAACCAUCGUCAAGGGAAACAAAACGCGCACAAUCAUGAGAGGAGUGGAUCAAACGGAGUCGCAGUCCAAAACGCGGACGAUUUACAGGGCUUCGAAUGGAGCAGAUAGAACGAGUCCGUCCAAGACGGUCACGCUGGUGAGAGCAGGGGAAGGAAAUCCGACGAUUGUGAAAGAAGCCGCUGCGAAUAGAAGCCUCGAUUUCGAGGAAGAGAGUUCGUCAAAAACUCGCACCCUUGUCCGCGCGAGCAACAAAACUCACACGAUCGUCAGAGGCCGAAAAAGCCAGAGCGCUCCUGACGAUUCUGCUCAUGAAACCGAAGUCACUCGUGGAAAGCGAAGAAUAGCCAGAAAACCUGCGCCAAAGGCACAGCCGAAAUUGCCCGAAGUUCAAAAUUGGCGAGACUUGCUGGAAGAAAGCGCCGAAUCCUCCUCGUCGAGCUCCGAGUCCGAAACUGAGUCGGACGAUGAACUCCUCGAGCAGCUGGUUCAAUCCACGAAGAACGCGAUGACUCUUCAGUCGUUCAUCAAAGAUGUCCAAGCGAUCAUCAACCCUUCAGCGGAAGAACCUGCUCCUCACAUUUUCAGCCCUGACACAUACACAACUUGA